CUUGCAACCUACCCCGAAGGCGGCACCCGCGCCUACCUCGUCGUUUUAGGCGCCUGGUGCGGUCUCCUCUCCUCAAUCGGCAUCUACAACUCCACCGGCGCGUUCAGCAUCAUUAUUUCUUCCAUCUUGCCCUCUGCUUCUACCUCAUCCAUCGGAUGGAUAUUUUCUCUCUAUGCGUUUGUGGUUUGGGGUGCUGGUGUGUGGGUGGGACCGAUUUUCGAUGUGUGUGGGUGCAGAGGGUUGAUGGUUGCUGGUAUGGUUUGUACGGUGUGUGGGACUUUUGGGUUGAGUUUUUGUUCUGAAUAUUACCAGAUUGUUUUGGCGUUUUCGCUGCUCACGGGCUUGGGGUCGAGUUUGUUGCUUACACCUAGCAUGGCUUGUGUGGCUCACUGGUUCAAUACUCGCCGUGGUCUCGCCAGUGGAAUUGCUUGGACGGGCGGUGGUGUAGGCGGUAUCUUGUUUCCGUUGCUCAUUCAAGCACUCCUUCCCAAACUAGGUUGGCAGUGGAGUAUCAGGAUUGUAGGAUUUGUCUUACUCGGCCUCUGCUGCAUCAGCAUUGGUUUCUGUCGCAGCAGACUUGCGCCUCCGGUACCUAAACAAGGAGUUUCAGUCUUUAGGGCUACUUUGCCUGAUUGGAGGAUCUUNUUCGACGGGACAGGGGCAAUGGCUGUCACCACUGCUGGCACACUGUUUACGGAUCUGGCUUACUUUGUGCCGAUAACGUAUCUACCUGCUUAUUAUCUUGCUCGCCAACAGCAGACUCCAUCCGAAAGCAGCGAUAUCACGGCAUCCGGCUAUCAACUCCUGGCUAUUUUGAACGGGUCUUCCUGUCUCGGACGCCUGACUUCUGGAUUCCUGGGCGAUCGAUUUGGACAUUACAAUACCAUGAUUGUUUCUCUCUUCUUUUGCUGUACUUCCGUCCUCGGUUUCUGGAUCCCGGAUAUUUGCUCUCCGGAGCUUGAUACCACGGCUCUGCUGUAUAUCUUUGUGGUUCUGUUUGGUUUUGUGAGCGGUAGUAAUGUUUCACUUACACCUAUUUGUCUUGGCCAGUUGUGUGGGAUUAACGACUAUGGACGCUAUUAUGCUAGUUGUUAUACUGUGGUCGCGUUUGGGGUGUUGAUCAGUUUGCCUGCCGCCGGUGGAAUCUUGGAUGCCGUGGAUACGCAGGGAAAGAAACAGUAUUGGGGUGUCGCGGUGUUUACCGGACUGAGUUAUGUUGUUGCCUUGGCUUGUUUUGUUUGGGUGAGGAUUGGAGUCAAGGGGUGGAAUUGGAGGGUAAAGUGG